AUGCAGUUGACAUCAAUCAUUACCGCAGCUGGCCUGGCGGCCUUAUCAAACGCCUUCCUUCUCCCUCCUGACAUCUCCGAAUCUGACAAAGACAUGAUCACUACCCUUCCAGUUCCCCUUCCAGUCCCCAUUAGAGUCGAUGCUGCUAUCGUAGCCGUCGAAUCCCAAAACUUGAAGCUCAAGUGUCCCGGCUGUCCUGUCCACAUCCCUCACCAUGGGAAGGUGAAGAUCGUGAACGAUAUCCCGAGCCAUUUGGAGCUGGACUUUGGCAUCGUGCCUUCCGACAAUGCCGAUCGCUUGAUGUUGAACGGCUUCGAGCUUUUUCCUAACCCAGACCCCCUUCGAAAUACCCUUGCCGCUACCGUUCGUCCCGAUGUCUUACAUCGACAAAUGAAGAAGCGGCCUCAUUUUAAGGGCCCCAAGCCUCAGACUCUAGGCUUUGGCAUGCAGACUCGACCUGUUGCCAAGAAUGAGGAAGAUGCGUUAGAGCUCAUCGAGAUCAAUCUUGACAUCAUCGAAGUUGGCGAUGUCUUUGUCGAUGGUAUUCCAAAUAUCCAGGUCAAUGUUGUCAAGACUCCUACCGGCAAGUUGAUGCUUGGCGAAAUUAAAACCAUCGAAUCUGAGACGGCGCAAAGCAAUCCUAUGGAUAAGCAAGAGGAGUGCACCACUCUACUUUGCAAGUGGAAGGCUGUUAUUAUGCAGAAGCUUGCCGGCCUUCGUUUCCACAAAGGAUGUGGUGGUCGCCCUGCUAACGUUAAGGGCCAUGACGAAGUCAAGGGUAAUGAUGAAGGCAAGGUAGAGGAACCUCAAGAACCCAACCAUGGUCAUCGCCACAAGAACUGGAAAUUGUUGUUUAGGAAUAUCGCUUCCCACAUCCUGCUGCCUGUUGCUGUUGGUAUCUUUGCUGGUAUUACUGCUUGCAUUCUCGGCAUGAUUGCUGGUACAAUCGCCGUCUUCAUCUGGCGUGCGAUUGCCCGCCGUGGCCACUCCCACCGACACCAUCGCCACAGCCAUCGCCACAAGGCCGCUCAUACCGAAGCUGUUGCCAACGAAGAGAAGUCAGGCCUGAUGGCUAAUCAAGAAGAAAUCGAUGCUCCACCCGCCUACAUCGAGGAGGGUAUUAUCGUCAUUGACGAUAAGAAGACUGAGAAUGUAGUCUAA